UGGCAACAACCUGAUCACUGUGCGCGUUUCUUCCUCACGACAGAGCUAGGGCACCGACGGUCGGCGGUCACUUCUCCUGAUUCACUGCUGCUGGCCGGAGCUUGUCCCUCACCUUCCGCGGUCAUCUCCUAUCCAAAGCCACACUUCCUCUUCGGGAUUUCCAUAGGCGUGCGGGCUAGGGCAGCAACGACGGCAAGCCAUUCCAAGCGGCAAGCUUCGGCUCCGAUCAUCCACCUCACCGGAGGGGUUCUCCGAUGAGAUUCUUCACCUUCCGGCCAUCCCUGCCCUUUUCCCAGCAGCAGCUCUUCUCCAACAGACCUGGACAGAACCUCACAGCUCCGCCUUCAUCAGAUCCCAAACAGCAGCCUCUUCGAUCCACCAAGUCCGAACAGCAAGUUUAUUCUCCUAUUGUUGAUACUGUGGUUUGCAUGGUUGAAGAUUCGAUUAUGCUGAUGAGGCUUAGAAGGCUAUCGAUAGACUUGAUGGGAGGAAUGUGGAUGGUCGGAAUAUUAUGGUUCAGUUUGCAAAAUAUGGACCAAAUGCUGAGCGUAUGCAUAAAGGAAAAAUUAUGGAAGCAGUUCCAAAGACAAGAGAAAGGUUAAGAAGUUGUAGCCCUCGACCUAGCGCUACCACAUAUCCAAGCUAUGAGCAAACGAAAGGUCCUUUAUGAUGAAAAAUAUAUAAGAUUUUGGGGCUUAAAAAUGGUGAAAAGAUGAACAGAGCUUGCACAUGGCUUAAUGACCUAAGGAUAUCUUUUAUGAAAUUGCAGCAAAUGCAUGACGGAUGUAAUUCUGCGGUGAGACCAACAAGUAAGAGCAACAGGAUUUUAAUUUUCUCUAUGGUCAACCUUGCAUAACGGAACUUGUAGAUUCUUACUCUAUGUUGUUUGCUAUGAAGAAGAGUGUACUGUAAUCAUGUGUGAACUGUGGAUAUUGUAGAUUUCAGAGUCAAAGUCAUCAGCCUGCAUUAACUUUAGCAUCCAAA